AAGGAAGGAAAACCUACAAUUGUAGAGGAGGAUGAUCCUGAGUUGUUUAAACAAGCAGUAUAUAAACAGACCAUGAAACUCUUUGCUGAGCUGGAAAUUAAAAGGAAAGAGAAAGAAGCCAAAGAGAUGCAUGAAAGGAAACGACAAAAGGAAGAAGAGAUUGAAGCUCAAGAAAAAGCCAAACGAGAAAGAGAGUGGCAGAAAAACUUUGAGGAAAGUCGAGAUGGUCGUGUGGACAGCUGGCGAAACUUCCAAGCAAAUACAAAGGGGAAGAAAGAGAAGAAAAAUUGGACCUUCCUGAGACCACCGAAAGUAAAAAUGGAGCAGCGUGAGUGACCACCUAGCGUCACAGCCACAGAACCUUCCCCCAGCUGUCUCCCUUCCUGCUUUAAAGGACUCAUUCUUUCCUCCCACUUCCACCCCAACAUAGAGUAGUAUUUGCUUUUUAGCCCAUUUUGUUUUCAAUACAAUUUAAUAUUGAUCAGAGUAAUUCUUUUGUACAUUGAAAUGAGGGGCUUGGUUAACAAAAGACCUUCCCCUUCCCCCGCCCCUAGAACAACCAGAUUGGAAGGUGCCACCAUUGGUGCUGCCUUCUCUUCCCACAGCCAGUAACUUAAUGUUUUGUAUUUCACUGAAUUGUGAUGGUUAGAAACUUCAUGUAUAGUUUGUGGAAAUCAUCCAAUUAAACAUAUUGC